GCCCCUCGUGCGGCGCAGCUCCGGCCGUGGAAGUGCGUGACAGGCGGGACUAGGAGCUGGGACUCGGAGACUGAGCGGCGCCCCUAAAGGCUCCCCGGCGACCAGGGGUUUGGGGGCCGCGGCCGCUGCGGGCCUACCACGCCGGGCCGGGGUCGCCGGCCACUCUUCCGCUGCUGAGUUUGCGCCCUUCUUAGUUUGGAGUCAGCCUGGCGAGGAUCUGUCAAUGUUUAGUUUGUUUUCCCCCUACCUGUGUCCCCGCUCCGCCCCCAGGAACGUGCGGGGCUGUUCCGUGGGAGAGUGGAGCUGAAGAUCGCAUUCCCUGUAGGAAGAGCUUUUGGAGGGAAAACCUCAUUGGGGGUCCUCUGCCAAGGGAAGAGACUUCCACCUUAGAAUAUUGUUGCCUGAAGAUUUACAACUGAAGAAUGCAAGAUUACUGUGUAGUUGGCAGCUGAGAACAAUACUUAAUGGAUAUGAUCACAUAGUACAAAAGAGAAUGCAGCACUCUCCUGAUCUAAUGAGCUUUAUGAUGGAGUUGAAAAUGGUUUUGGAAGUUGCUUUAAAGAAUAGACGAGAGCUGUAUGCACUACCUCCUCCUCCCCAGUUCUACUCAAGCCUUAUUGAAGAGAUAGGAACUCUCGGUUGGGAUAAACUUGUUUAUGUGGAUACUUACUUCAGUACCAUCAAGUUAAAAGCAGAAGAUGCAUCUGGUAGAGAGCAUCUAAUCACUCUCAAAUUGAAGGCGAAGUAUCCCGCAGAAUCACCAGAUUGUUCUGUGGAUUUUCCUGUUCCAUUUUCUGUUUCCUGGACACCACAGAGCUCCUUAACAAGCAUUCACAGUCAGUUUUUGGCAGCAUUAGAAUCACUGAAGACCUUCUGGGACAUUAUGGAUGAAAUUGAUGAGAAGACCUGGGUGCUUGAGCCAGAAAAACCAACACGGAGUGCGACAGCUCGCAGAAUUGCAUUAGGGAGUAAUGCUUCCAUAAAUAUAGAUGUAGACCCCAGGCAUCCUACUAUGCUCCCUGAAUGCUGUUUUCUUGGAGCUGACCAUGUGGUAAAACCCCUGGGAAUAAAGCUGAGCAGGAACAUACAUUUGUGGGAUCCAGAAAAUAGUUUGUUACAAAAUCUGAAAGAUGUUUUAGAAAUUGAUUUUCCAGCUCGUGCUAUCCUGAAAAAAUCUGAUUUUACUAUGGAUUGUGGAAUUUGUUAUGCCUAUCAACUUGAUGGUGCCAUUCCUGAUCAAGUGUGUGAUAAUGUCCAGUGUGGACAACCAUUCCAUCAAAUAUGCUUAUAUGAGUGGUUGAGAGGACUACUCACAAGUAGACAGAGUUUUAACAUCUUAUUUGGUGAAUGUCCAUAUUGUAGUAAGCCAAUUACCUUGAAAAUGUCUGGAAAGAAACCCUAAAAGAAGAAUGCAACAUGUCUGUGAAGAGCUAGAAACUUUAUCAAAAGGAAAUGCCUUCAGAGAAAAUAUAAAGCAAGAUAUACCAAUAUCAAAAGGAAA